UUCAUGAGAAGAAAGAGUAAUGAGAAGAAGCUCAGGUAUGAAGGCGAAACUUGAUUGAUUUGUACAAGUUCAGAUAUCUCCCUUUCCUGCUUUUCAAGCACAUUUGACGUGAAAAUCAACGAGACGUGAAGAUCAACGUGUGCCAAUGCGCAAUCGCGGCGCAAGGUUGACGCUCAUGAAUGCAUCAAAGUUGUCCACAGAGUUCCAUCAAAGAUGGCGUCUCAGCGUCGGCAAAUGAUGCAAAGCCAUCAGAGCUGGACAGAUGACCUGCCCCUGUGUCAGAUGUGCGGGGUGGGCACGGCCCCCAACUGUACCUACGGACCCGACGGAAAGGACACCCAGAGCCACCCCAACGAGGACGGACACUUCAGGUUCAGAGGUGAGGAAGGCUGUUUCCUGUAUGGAGUGUUUAAUGGGUUUGAUGGGAGCAGAGUGUCCAGCUUCGUCUCUCAGUGUCUGACAGCAGAACUGCUUCUGGGACAGCUCAAGUCUACACACACUGACACUGAUGUCCGCAGAAUUCUCUCACAGGCCUUCGACGUUGUAGAGAAGAGUUACUUUGAGACAAUCGGUGACGCUCUUGCAGAGAAGGCUACUAUUAUAUCUCAACUACCUGAGGGAGUAUCGUUCCACCAGCUCUCCCCCCAGAGUCAGAAGCUUUCUGAGCGGCUGAAGGACCUGGAGCAGGAAGUGUCUGGUGGAGCUACCGCUGUUGUGGCUCUGAUACACAACAACAAGCUCUACAUCGCCAACGUGGGUACCAACCGGGCCCUGCUGUGUAAGUCGACCAGCGACGGUCAGAACCAGGUGAUCCAGAUUGGACGACCUCACACCACAGAGAACGAGGACGAGCUACAGAGACUGGCUGGGCUGGGUCUUGAUGUGUCUGGUCUUCGUCAGGCGACUCUGAUAGCUGGUCAGAGCAGCACCAGGAGGAUUGGAGACUACAGGGUUAAAUAUAACUACGCAGAUAUAGAUCUGUUGAGCGCCGCCAAGAACAAGCCGAUCAUAGCAGAGCCGGAGAUCCAGGCCAGCCAAUCGUUAGAGGGCGUGACGGGCUUCCUGUUGCUGAUGUCAGAGGGGCUCAUCAAAGCCCUGGAGUCCGCCCACGGACCUGAACAGGCCAAUCAGGAGAUGGUAGCGAUGGUAGCAGCAGAACUAGCCCAACAGGGAACCCUAGAGGCCGUGGCCCAGUCGGUGGUGGAGCGGGUCAAGCGGCUACACCACGAUGUCUACGCCAGCGGACGCCAGAGGGCGUCCCACUGCUCCCGCCACGAAGACAUGACGCUGCUGAUACGCACGCUCAACUACACGCUGGCCGACGGCGCGCUCACACCCACACAGGGUGGACGUAUCUACCCAGUGUCGGUGCCCUACUCCAACUGCCCCAGCAGCACCAGUAAGACCAGCGUCACCCUCUCCCUGGUCAUGCCCUCUCAGGGGGGUACCCUCACCAACGGGACCAACACAGCCUCCACUUUGGAGGAGGGCACACCCACACACACACCUGGGUGGAAGUGA